CGAGCGCACGGAAGAUCAACUACCGGAGGACUGCGGGGACCUGGAGGCAGUCGGCCUACUGCGCUCUGGGAGGCCAUGGUGCGCUUCACUACCGAGCUCGUCUUGUCCUCGCUGGGGCUGGGGCUGUUCUUGUGCAGCUGGGGGUGCCUUGCGGGCGCCGAGUCCCGGGCCCCGCCGGAGAAGAUCGCAAUUAUUGGAGCUGGAAUUGGAGGCACUUCAGCAGCCUACUAUCUUCGGCAAAAAUUUGGGAAAGAUGUGAAGAUUGAUGUGUUUGAAAGAGAAGUGGUUGGGGGUCGUCUGGCCACCUUGGCAGUUCAAGGACACGACUAUGAGGCUGGAGGUUCAGUCAUCCAUCCUUUAAAUCUGCACAUGAAGCGUUUUGUUAAAGAACUGGGUCUUUCCACUGUUCCUGCUUCUGGGGGCUUAAUGGGAGUGUACAAUGGAGAGAAUCUGGUAUUUGAAGAGAGCAGCUGGUUUAUAAUCAACAUGAUUAAACUAGUUUGGCGCUAUGGAUUUCAGUCCCUUCGAAUGCAUAUGUGGGUAGAAGAUGUGUUAGACAAAUUUAUGAGGAUUUACCGCUACCAGUCUCAUGAUUAUGCCUUCAGUAGUGUAGAAAAGCUACUACAUGCCAUAGGAGGCGAUGACUACCUUAUACUGGCUAACCAAACGCUUCAAGAAAACUUGCAGAAAGCUGGCUUUUCUGAGAAGUUCCUCAGUGAAAUGAUUGCUCCUAUUAUGAGGAUUAAUUUUGGCCAAAGCACAGAUCUCAAUGCCUUUGUAGGGGCAGUGUCAAUGACUGCUGCUGAUUCCAACCUUUGGGCUGUGGAAGGUGGCAAUAAAGUUGUUUGUUCACGGCUCAUCGAGGCAUCCAAAGCCAAUCUUAUAUCUGGCUCAGUAUUGUCUGUAGAGGCGAAAACCAAGACCAAGCAGAGAGGAAAUCCCACAAAGAUGUAUGAAGUGGUCUAUAAAAUUGGAUCUGAGACCAAAUCAGACUUUUAUGACAUUGUCUUGGUGGCCACUCCAUUGAGUCAAAAGAUAUCCAACAUAGCUUUCCUCAACUUUGAUCCUCCAAUUGAAGAAUUCAAUCAGAAUUACCAACAAAUAGUGACAACUUUUGUUAAAGGUGAAUUGAACUCAACUAUAUUUAGCUCCAGGGCCAAAGAUCAGUUUGGUCUUGCGACAGUUUUAGUCACCGAUAAUUCAGAUAUGUUCAUCAACAGUCUUGAAAUUGUGAACUCUGUCAAAGGAAAAGAACAUCCUCCACCAUCAAAUGAUGGAAUGCACGUUUGGAAGACCUUUUCCCGAGAAAUUCUUACUAAAGAACAAAUUACAACGCUCUUCUUGUCCUAUGAUUACGCUGUGAGGAAACCAUGGCUUGCCUAUCCUCGCUACACGCCCCCGGAGAAGUGCCCCCCCAUCAUCCUCCAUGAUCAGCUCUAUUACCUCAAUGGCAUAGAGAAUGCCGCAAGUGCCAUGGAAAUGAGUGCCAUUGCGGGCUACAAUGCUGCUCUGCUCGCCUACCACCGUUGGAAUGGCCACACACACAUGAUUGACCAAGACAACUUGUAUGAGAAACUAAAGUCAGAGCUGUGACAUGACACUUUUUUCCCUUCUGCUUCUUAUGGAGUAUCACUGGCAAAUAGCAAAAUUUGAGCAAAGGCUUUUGAAUCAGUUGUUCUGCCAUUUAUAAUUGUUCAACAAAGCAAUGCCUAUGGAACAUAAGAUAAUACAGGGUUCAAUGGAUAACUCUUGUACUUAGACUAUCUCCACAAUUGAACUGUUCUUUUCAUAUUCAUCAGUGAUGUCCAAGUUUGUCUGAUCCUAAAAACCACCUGGAGUUUGAUAAAAAUGGAUUUUCAAGCUUAUUAUUGGAGAUUCUGAUUGAAUAGGUUGGAUUUGGGGCUCUGGUUUUGUUUAAAACUGUAGUAGUUUAAGAUGAAAACUUGAAUAACUUAAAAAUAUCUUAGGGUGGACCUAACUAGUUUACAAUAGGAAUGAUUUUAGUUAGGUAAGAUUACUCUAGAAGUUUUUUUUAAGCCUGCCUAUAAGUAAUUUGUACUUCUUUUUAUUUUUUUUUGGCCAGGCCUGGUACUUGAACUCUGGGCCUGUGCACUGUCCCUGUGCUUCUUUGCUCACCUGAGCCACAGUGCCACUUCUGGCUUUUUCUGUUGAUGUGGCACUGAGGAAUUGAAGCCAGGGCUUCAUGCAUGCUAGGCAAGCACUCUACCACUAAGCCACCUUCCCAGCCCCUAAUUUAUACCUCUUUCAUGGAAAUGUGCCUGUGUGUAAAGCCUUGACUUUCAGAACAUGAUCUUUUGAUUGCUUCUGACUUUAUUAGGUCUUAGGAGUGUAAUCUUUAAAAUUUCAUGUAGAAAUCUCCAGUGAAGUGGGAAAUAAAUAUGGUCAAUUGGAUUAAAAAA